AAAAACCAAUGACUAAAUUAAUAGUUUCAAACUCCAAAUACCCACAAAAUUCAAAGACAAAGAAACAUAGAACAUAAACACAUGAUAAAAAAAUGACAUAGUCAGAGAAAAAGAGAGAAAGAGAACAAAGAGGUUCUUCUCCAAGUUGCUGUAGCUAGACCGGAGCACCGUGUUCCGGGUCGGGUCGGAUCUCUAAAGAAAGAAGAGGAAAUAUGGGUUGGAUUCCGUGUUCUGGAAAUUCAGGAACCAAGAAGAAGAUUGUGAAGAUGGAAGUUCAAGAUAGUGUUGCUCCUCAGGUUAAACCUACCCCAGGGAAAUUGAAGAGGAGUUCAUCAACAAACUCCAAGGAUAAAUCUAAAAACGGGAGCACUCAACACAUUGCAUCACAGACUUUCUCAUUUCGCGAGUUGGCAUCUGCAACUAGAAAUUUUAAAGCAGAAUGUCUUUUAGGGGAGGGAGGCUUUGGUAGAGUAUACAAAGGUCAUAUGGAAAGUAUUAAUCAGGUUGUCGCAAUCAAGCAACUUGACCGAAACGGACUCCAAGGGAAUCGGGAAUUCCUUGUUGAAGUAUUGAUGUUAAGUCUACUUCACCAUCCUAACCUUGUCAAUCUUCUUGGUUAUUGUGCUGAUGGAGAUCAAAGGCUUCUAGUUUAUGAAUUUAUGUCAUUAGGAUCCUUGGAAGACCACUUGCAUGAUAUAUCUCCUGGUAAGAAGCGACUUGAUUGGAACACGCGAAUGAAAAUAGCUGCUGGGGCAGCAAAGGGGUUGGAAUAUCUACACGACAAAGCUAAUCCUCCGGUUAUAUACCGAGAUUUGAAGUGCUCCAACAUUUUGCUUGGCGAAGAGUAUCACCCAAAGUUGUCUGAUUUUGGUUUGGCGAAACUUGGCCCGGUCGGAGAAAACACCCAUGUAUCGACAAGGGUUAUGGGAACCUAUGGAUAUUGUGCUCCAGAGUAUGCCAUGACCGGGCAACUCACUCUCAAAUCAGAUGUUUAUAGUUUCGGUGUAGUUCUUCUAGAAAUAAUCACAGGAAGGAAAGCAAUCGACUAUUCAAAAUCUGCAGCCGAGCAGAAUCUUGUUGCAUGGGCUAGACCGUUGUUCAAAGAUCGAAAGAAAUUUUCACAAAUGGCCGAUCCUACGCUUCAAGGUCAGUAUCCUUCAAGAGGGCUAUACCAGGCCCUUGCUGUUGCAGCAAUGUGUGUUCAAGAACAAGCUAAUAUGCGUCCAGUUAUAGCUGACGUUGUCACUGCUUUAUCUUACCUUGCUUCACAAAGAUACAAUCACAAUACACAGACAGUCCAGAACUCGCACCGCGCUCCUCGCACUCCUCCUAGAACCAGAAGGGGACAAUGAUUUGGAGAAAUUUUCAAAUUUGUUGUUUAAUGAGGGUGACAACAUGGUUCAAAAUAUAGGUUUGUAGAUGUUAAUAUCAGUGUUCUUUUGUGGUGUUCUCUCCUCAGCUCAUAGGAUAUGAUGGAUAGUUGUGAAAAAACUUUGUGGUCAGUGUCUUUAUUGUUGCAGUUUUGGACAAAUACCAUAUGCAUCAAAUUUAUUUAUUUAUUUUUGAAAAA